UUUUUCGCGUUUUGCUCAUUGUACGGUACUACCAUUCCAAUGACUGCUGCAUCCAGUGUUAUUUCUUUGAAACCCGUCUCGGUAUUUGGUGAUUCUAGUGACCGGAAAUUUCUUCCCGCUCAGAAAUGGUCUCCGGUUUCCGGCCCGAUAGGGUCGGUUCAGAUUAGGUCUUGUGCCAGACUUCGGUGUAGAUCGAGGAGAUUGUUUGCUUCCUCCGGUAGUUGUGCCAUUGUCGAGCAAGCUAGCUCUGAAGCAGCACCAGAAGUGGAAGCUCCCGUGGCUGUAGUUACAGGAGCUUCUAGAGGAAUCGGCAAGGCAGUUGCCCUGGCCUUAGGAAAAGCCGGUUGCAAGGUCCUAGUAAAUUAUGCUAGAUCGUCAAAUGAAGCUGAGGAAGUUGCAAAAGAGAUUAAGUCAUACGGUGGUCAGGCUAUUACUUUCGGCGGGGAUGUUUCAAAAGAAGCUGAUGUGGAGGCAAUGAUAAAAACUGCACUUGAUGCAUGGGGAACUAUUAAUAUAUUGGUAAACAAUGCAGGAAUUACUCGGGAUACUUUGUUGAUGAGAAUGAAGAGAUCACAAUGGCAAGAGGUUGUUGAUCUGAAUCUUACAGGAGUGUUUCUUUGUACACAGGCAGCAGCUAAAAUCAUGAUGAAGAAGAGAAAGGGGAAAAUAAUUAAUAUAGCAUCAGUCGUCGGUCUGGUUGGCAAUGUUGGGCAAGCCAACUACAGUGCUGCUAAAGCUGGAGUCAUUGGCUUGACAAAGACUGUUGCAAGGGAAUAUGCUAGCCGAAACAUUAAUGUCAAUGCUGUUGCCCCCGGAUUUAUUGCAUCUGAUAUGACUUCCAAGCUUGGGGAAGAUAUUGAGAAGAAAAUCUUGGCAACAAUCCCCUUGGGCAGGUAUGGUCAACCGGAAGAAGUUGCUGGACUGGUGGAAUUUUUGGCGGUAAACCCCGCUUCCAAUUACAUCACAGGACAGGUGUUCACCAUUGAUGGAGGCAUGGUCAUGUAAAAUCGCCAUAUUUCUUUUGAUAUAAGCUUUCAGCAGGUGCUUCUACAGCUUCAGGAGAAGUUUAGUUGGUAAUUAUCAAGACCAUUAGAAUGUGAAAUUUUGUUUGUAACUAAUUCAAGAAACUAUGGGUUACAUUUGACAACUAUUUGGGUUAUCAUGGAAUUGAAUAAGAAAUUCAUAUGAACAACCUUCUCAUCUGAUGAUAAAACUUGUGAACAAUAAGAUUUGAUAAAACUGAUAAAAGGAAAUUCUACCAACUACUGUCCGUUUAAUCAUCAGCAUACUGUUCUACAAUCUGGGAACGAAUCAGGAGAAGAAUUGGUAGUCCUUUGCCGAGACGAUAAUCGACUGAAGGCCUCCGAUGGGUGAUAGAACCAUCAACAGAACACCAAGAAUA